CUUGCGGUGAAAAGCGAUCCUUGGCCGGUGUGAUGACGAUCAUGGGUGUGGUGAUGCCUCGAGUGUUGUAGGCAUCAUGGCUUUUAUCAGUGUCUCGGACUUCUUGAGCUGGCGAAUGUUCCCACGAAAUACUUGAUUGUGGUGUGUUGUUGUUUGAAAUGGUCGAUGGCGACACAGAUAUACCGAUCGGUAUGGCACGGUCUGAUGGCGAGACGUCCUGAUUGAGAACCAAUGGCUUUGGUCGCAGCCCUCUGAUGCGGUUGCCAAUUGGAGGCACAAGAGCUUGCUGUUCUGGUUGCGUAGAAAGUACAAUGGCGCCCUUGCGACUGCGGACAGAUCCAUUAGAGUCCUUGACCUGCGGGACUGCUUGUCUCGGCCCGGUCGAGAUCGGUGUCAGACCUUCCAGUCGCUGCCUGAGACUCCGUUUCUCGGUCUUAGCAUUUUUCCUCGCCUUUGACUCUUCGAAGCUGACGAAGCUGAGUUCUGGCAUGCGAGCUUCGGACAGGAGUGGUCCAUUCGAAGUGACUUGAGUGUCGAUCCUGAGCUUUCCAAAAGGUCUGGCGCUUCGCUUGGGCCUUGUGGACGUCUGCUUGCUGCUGAUGUUGUGCAUGUCUGAUGCCAAUUGCAAGAAAUUCUCCGGUAAUGAGAGUGAAAAAGCGGCACGAAACCACGCAGAACGAAAUACAAAAGCGCACCCAAGGAAAAUCGCAGUAUGGCAAAGAGACAAGUGCGAAGACAGAGGGCCAGACAUGUUGUAAGCCACUGUCUCAUUGGACUCCAUCGAGGGCUCACGUGCGAAGAUUAUGGAUCAAGUCUGAGGUCGAUGCAGCACAGAGAGCGCUGUGCCAAUGGAGCGUUGCUUGUGUAGCAGUGCUAAGCGCCUGCUUUAACCGCCCAUUCCGUCCCUCAAUGCUUGUCAUAUUGCAUGCGAUCGUGAGAAGGGAUAUCUGGAGGCAGAAUAACUUGAAGUGUGUGGUGUGUGGUAUCACGUGCAUGAUGCCUGAGGCUGAAACUGCGCACUUCAUCUUUGGGCUUCCUUUACAUCAAGUGGUUAUGAGCCCCCUGCGUUUCUAA